GCUGGAUCUGACCAAGGGUCUUCUAACGCAAAUGAGACAAAUAUUUCAGUACACCGUCCCAGUAAGACCCGUCAGGAAUUUUCACCAGCCAAGUAUUGACAGAUCUGUGUAGGCAUGUUGGGUGGCCCUAUCCCAGAGUCCGAGACUAUGGGGAAGUCGUUUUCCCAGAGUGGGUCACUGAGAAGCGAUUCUGAAAUGGGACACUGGGUAACAGAGAUGUGCUGACUCCUCCCCUCCACUCCCUGGCCUUCAGCUCUUGCAGUAAAACUUCAAGUGUCUCUUCAGAGUUGGACCCACUUCCUUGGCAUCGAAGAGAGCUGAAUCCACCCUCCGUUGUUUAUUUGGCUUACCCCAUUUUGAACACCAUCAGCAUUUCCAAGUUCAUUUCCCAGGGCACUUUAAUCUGCCCCAUGCUGGUACUGCAGGAUUUAAAUUACUGUAAUGAAAGGAGAACUAAUGCACCUCGGACCAUUAGGCAAACUCCCUGACCAACCACCCAGCCUUCUCCUCUACCCACAAGACUCCUUGAGAAAUUAGACCUCCCGAUAAGUGGCCGUGCGCUUCCUCUUCUGUCAGUUCUGAGGAGCUACCAGGCUGCGUUGGAGGCAAGGACUUCUCAUCUCUGCGGAUCCUUUCCUUGAGAGAGUUGCCCAGAAGCAGAAUUAAGCAUCGCUCCCGCCCCCGCCCAGGUUCGUAGCCUCGUGACCCUGAGGCGUUGGUCCUCACUGGGCUUGUCCACUGCAGGAACUCUCACCCCUCCCCGCUGGAGAGAGAUCCUCACGCUGCUGCUCCCGCUGCCUCUGCGCCAUGGGAAGCAGGUGCCUGCUCCUGCUCUCGGGUCUCGGGGUCUUGCUGGCUGUGCCAGGACCAGGAGCCAGGAGGUCUGCAGCCCUCUGUCCUCAGUGCCCUGAGCAUGCCUCCUGCCACAACAGCACCCACUGCGCCUGUGAGGUUGGAUUCCAGUCCAGGUCUGGGAGGAGACACUUUUUCAGCUCCCAGGAGACAUGUGAAGACAUUGAUGAGUGCAAGACUGAGCUGCACAUGUGCAAGUAUGGAGCAUACUGUAGAAACAAAAUCGGAGGUUACAUCUGCAGCUGUGUGGCAGCACAUCCCAUCUUCAACUGGGUGGCUGGUUUGGUGGAUAUCGACCAUCCGGACUGUUAUGAGAACAGCGAAAGGAAAGAGUCCCCAGUGAAAACUCAGGAAAAUCUGAGGAAGACUAGAAGCCCAAGGGAAAUUGGAAGAGAAGGUACUAAAGUCCAAAGAGUGAAAUUGACUGUCUGGAAAUUGAGUUCUCCUGCUCCAGAAAAGCACAGACUUUCCCUGUUUGGUAUAGAUACUGCUUUGUGCGAGACCGGGCAGGCAAAGUGCCACGAUACGGCACAUUGUAAAAACAAAAUCGUAGCUAUUGUCUGCACUUGUGUGGUAAAGUACCCUUUCUUCAACUGGGAGGCUCGUUUGGUGGAUAUUGAUCAUCCAGAUUGUUACGAGAAGAAUGAAGGCAAACAGUCACCUGUGAAUACUCAGGAAAAUCUGAUGGAGAAUGAAAGCAGAAAGGACCCCCUAAGAAAUGCUACUGAACUCCAGUCUAUACUACUGACUUUCUGGAAUGUGAGUUCUGAUUCUCCAGGAAAGGUUGAAAGUUCUGCAUUUUAUGGAGUAUCUAUUGAUGAUUGUGAGACUGGGCUGGCAACGUGCAAGUAUACAGAGUAUUGUGGCAAAAUCAUAACUGAGGUCUGCAGUUGUGUGGUCAAACAUUCUUUCUUCAGCUGGGUGGCUCUUUUGGAGGAUAUUGAUCGUCCAGAUUGUUAUGAGAACAGCAGCAAGAAGACGCCAUCAGAAGUGAAUACUCAGAAAAAUGUGACAAAGACUAAAAACAGAAAGGACUUUGCAACAAAGCCUACGCAAGUACUCCGGACGGUGGAAUUGAGUGCCUGGAAAGGGAGUUCUGAUUUUCAAGGAAAGGGUGGAGAUUCUGUGUCUGAUACAGAGAACCGUGGUGAGAAGACUCAGUCGCAAGGGAAUAUUUGGGGCAAUGUGAGGAAGACUACAAGCAGAACAGGCUUUGCGAGAAAGGCUACUCAAGCAUUCCAGAGUGUGGAAUUGAGUAUUUGGGAUUCGAGUUCUUCUUCUCCAGGAAAAGGUCAAAAUUCUGAGCUUGGCGUAGUCUAUGAAAACAAGAGGUGCAGUGAGACAGGUGAGAAGAUGUUUCUGGAAGCUGGAAACAACACGAUGGAUAUCGACUGUGCUCAAGCUUUCAAAGGAGCCGCAGCAGAUAUAAGCGCAGUUACCCUCAUCACUUAUCAAUCUGUCGGAGAUAUGCCGAAUGGAUCGUUUUUUAAUGACAGAAGAGGGAUGCGGGAAGUAAAACUAAACUCUCACGUUGUGAGUGUCGCCACUGGCUUGAAGGAAAAAGUGUACCUGUCUGAACCCGUGGUCCUGACUUUUCAGCAUGCUCAGGUGAGCAGACAGCAGGGCCGGUCCUCUGUGAGGUGUUGUAAAGGGAAGGGUGUGUUAUCAGCUUCCGGGGAGGGAAAUGAAUCCAAGUCUAAUCACUCAGAGAUAGGAGAACUCACAAGAAAUGUUAAGACUCCUUCAAUCAAACAUCACCUCACACCUGUCGGGAUGGCUAUUACCAAAAAGUCAACAUGUAGGUAUGGUGAGGACGUGGAGAAAAGGGAAUUCUUACAGAUCUGUUGGUAGGAAUGUACGUGGGUGUAGACACUAGGGAAAAGAGUAUGAAGGCUCCUCAGAAUAAUUACAACUAGAAUAUCAUAGGAUCCUGCAAUCCCACUUCCGGGUACAUAUCCAAAGGAAUUGAAGAGACAACAGCAUCCCCUGUUCAUUGCAGCAUUGUACAUAAAUAGCGAAGAUAUGGAAAGAAUGUAAGUUGUUUUUGCCAACAGAUGAAUGGAUAAAGAAAAAUAUUUCAUGCAUUUAUAUAUAAGAAAUGGGGUUUUACUCAGCCUUUAUUAAAAGAAGGAACUCUUGCCACGCGAGGCAACAUGCAUCAACGUGGAGGACUA